AGCGGAGGGCUAACUUAGCAUGCCAGCUAUGCUAUGUGGUGAUGUAGGUGAUCGUUGAGGAGCAAGGGGAGUGCCGAAAAUAGGCAACAUUAGAGGACAGCGGAUCCCAGAUGGCGUUGGAGGAGUGGAAGCUUGGAAAUUAUUCCUGUUAGCUGCUUUAGCUUCGUUCCUGGUGAAAGUUGGCCUGUAGAUCUCAGCUUCGUUAGCUAACGAACUGCAAACUAACAAUCACCUCGUCCUUGUCACCAACCUUGUUUGGCUUGGAGUUGUUUACUCGAAUAAAAUGUAAACGGAUGUAUUAACCGCGAUAUUACUACAAAGUUUAUUCAGGAACAUUGCGCCGGCUUGUCAGUUAACAUUUUGCCCAACGGUAGCUGGUUAGUUGCAAAGGUUAGUUCGGUGCUGGGCGGCCUCUGUUUCCAUGUUUGUGUUGUUGCUGUGAACUUUGCUGUCAGUUGUGGUCAAGUUAUAUAUCUGAGACAGUUGAGGAGUUGUCCUGAAUUUAAGAAACGCGUAUUGACUGUGAUUAAAAUGUUUGCUGGAUUAAGAGGCAGUUUGUUUGGAAAGCAGAACACGGAAAAGUAUUUGUGUUCCCAGAUUUAAUUCCCUUUAACUUUUUCUCUGAGAUAAUUGAAUUUAGAGAUCUCAGCUGCCGAAACAAACAAAUCGGAGGUGUGAGCUGCGACGCGUGUUUAAAGGGCAACUUCAGAGGUCGACGGUACAAGUGUUUAAUUUGCUACGACUAUGACCUGUGUGCAUCAUGCUACGAAAGCGGUGCAACCACGACCAGACACACCACAGAACAUCCCAUGCAGUGUAUAUUAACAAGAGUUGACUUCGACCUGUACUAUGGCGGAGAGGCGUUCUCGGUGGAGCAGCCUCAGGCCUUCACCUGUCCCUACUGCGGCAGGAUGGGCUACACAGAGAUCUCCCUGCAGGAGCAUGUGGCUGCAGAGCACACAGAAACCUCCACUGAAGUGAUAUGCCCCAUAUGUGCAGCACUGCCAGGUGGCGACCCAAAUCACGUGACAGAUGACUUUGCUGCUCAUCUCACACUUGAACACAGAGCCCCUAGAGACUUGGAUGAGUCAAGCGGGGUGCGGCAUGUGAGGAGGAUGUUUCACCCCGGGCGCGGGUUGGGGGGCCCGCGAGCCCGCAGGUCUAACAUGCAUUUCACCAGCAGCACCACAGGGGGGCUCUCCACCAGUCAGAGCUCCUCACAGAGCUCCAACUACAGCAGAGAGGCCAUGGAUCCCAUAGCAGAGCUCCUGUCCCAGUUGUCGGGGGUACGGCGUUCGGCGGGGGGCCAACUCAGUUCGGGUCCCUCCGCCUCGCAGCUCCAGCAGCUUCAGAUGCAGCUCCAGCUGGAGCGCCAGCAGGCGCAGGUGGCGCGUCAGCAGCUGGAGACGGCCCGAAACGCCAGCCGAGGGGGCGGCCGAGCCAACGCAAUCCUCAACACGAAUUCAACCGCUGCAAACCCCAACCCCAGCGCCAACCACGCCAACAACCCCAGCCACCACCCGGGGGCAACUGAGCCCAACACACAACACACGGCACACAGCUCCCAGUUUCUACUCAGCAGGCUGAGCGAACCGCGGCUGUCUGAGGUGGAGCGGCAAGCGUGUGAGGCCCAGUGGGCUGACAGGAGCCUGUUCGUCACCGAGCUGCUGCUCUCCACGCUGCUGCCCGACGACGACGCCUCGGCCUCUUCCUCCGAAGACGAGGAUGAUUGUCACGGCUCGUUGCGAAACUUCGCCGACUUCGAGGCCAUGGGCUGCGUGGAGGUGAUGACGUUGGACGUGGCCCUGGAGAACCUCAACCUCAAGGAGACGAGCCCCGCCCCGAAGAAGACGAAACCGGCGACUAAAACGGCACCCGCCAAGAAAGAGCCCCCCGCGCCGCCCCUUUGAUGACAUGGCCGCUCCCUUUCCCCCUUCAAUCCACCAUUGUGACUAGCCGACUGCUCCGUCAGUCCAACUGCCAAUGGAUGACAAAGACUGCAGUUCUUCAUGGCUUUUUUUUUUGUUUUUGUUUUUUUUCUCAGUGAUUGUCAUUUCAGUUCUGUCGCUCCCCAACUCCACCCCAUGUUUUACUUUGUGUACAUUGAAUAAAAGUAGUGAGACGAGAGAAUGUGAAAGCAAGCAAGCGUGUCGGGUGUGUGAGACAAAAGAGAACUAUAUAAAUAUAUUAUUAAAAAAAAAAAAAACUCUAUAUGAAAGUUGAUAAUCAGUCCCACAUAACCCGUGUUUCCUCUAGCAGAAAACGUAGUCCGCUGUUUUCCAGAGACAAAACCUCGUCACACACUCACAGAAAGAGAGGAGGCCGACUGAAAUCCCUCCGCUUAAUAAAAAAAAACACAAAAAAAACGCUGCUGUGUAUUUAUAGAUAUAAAUUGAAGUGCUUGGAUGGUUUACCACAACUGAAGCAUGAGCUUAAAUCACCAUGUGCCCAUUUUAAACUGCACAGUCACCAGACGGGGAGGUCCUGGCUAACGUUCAACUGUUUGGUGCCUCUUCACCGGCAUCUUUCCACCACACGCGCACACACACUUUCUCUCACACACACACUGACUGUUUUGUUGACCCCUAUGUCAAAGUCUCAAGCCCCUCCCCUUUGUGUGACGCCAACUGUUUUUUUUUUUUGGUCGUGUGACCUGGCUUUAUAUCGACUGUGGGCACUUUGGUUUUGAAUUUGCAUAUCCAGUGUCCAUUUAUGUACACUACAGCUGUUCUGCACAGAAGUGAAACACACAUCUCUCUGAGGCGAAAGAGACGAAGCGAUCUCGGUUGUGACCGUUUUCAGGCCUUUUCUAACAGAAGGAACGUGAGCCUUGGUCUCCUCACACGGUUGUUUUCUCUCUCCUCUCUUUGUCUUUUACAGGAGAUCAGACGCUUCCUUCUCCAGCUUCAUGUGUUCUGAAAUUAAUCUCAUGAAUACAAAGAUUUACUCAUCAUGUGACUUGGAAGGAGAGGAUCCUAUAUUGCUCUUUCCGUCAAUCUUAUGAGUCCAAAAAGAUCUUUGUAUGCCUCCACUGCUAAACUGAAGAAAUGCAAUGUAUGUUUUUUGGCUCACGAGAAGAGCCAAACGACAGGGUAAACCUUUUCAGUUUGGAGGACAAUAAAACAUUUUUUGGAUGGAAACAGACUAACCCAAAUCCUGCUGUCUGGUUAUUUUUGGUUUAUUAUUUUUGGCUUUUAUUUUUUCCCCCAGUUGCCAAUUUUCCUGGCGAGCAUGUACAGAAUAAUGGUAUAAAAAAAAUAAAAUAAACACAUACCUUCCAGGUCGAGUUCAA